AUGGGGGGGGUCCCCGUGGUCCUGCCCCCCCCAGCCCCAUGCCAGGGGCGGAGGAGGCGGCGGAGCUGCCCCCCAGCGCAGCCCCUGCCCCAGCUGAUGCUGGCGGGGAGCCAGUUGGCCGGGCUCACGGCGCUGAUGCCGGCGCAGCAGCAGCUGCUGCUGCAGCAGGCGCAGGCCCAGCUGCUGGCGGCGGCGGUGCAGCAGUCGAGCGCCGCGGCCGCCGCCGCCAGCGCCGCCGCCGCCGCGCCGCCGCCGCCGCCGCCGGGCGGGGAGGGGGCCCCGCCGCCGCCCGCCCCCCCCCCCGCUCGCUCCCAGCCCAUCCAGCUCACGGCCCAGGACAUCCAGCAGCUCCUGCAGCUCCAGCAACUGGUGCUCGUCCCCGGCCACCACCUGCAGCCGCCCGCCCAGUUCCUGCUGCCGCCGGCCCAGCAAGGACAGCAAGGGCUGCUGCCGACGCCAAAUCUCUUUCAGCUACCUCAGCAAAGCCCCGGGGGCCUCCUGCCAAACCAGCCCCGCGCCGGGCUGCCGGCACAGCCCCACCUCAGCCACGGGCCCCCCCCGAAAUGCCUGGAGCCGCCGGCGCCCCCCGAGGAGCCCAGCGACCUGGAGGAGCUCGAGCAGUUCGCACGCACCUUCAAGCAGCGCCGCAUCAAGCUGGGCUUCACGCAGGGCGACGUGGGGCUCGCGAUGGGGAAGCUUUACGGCAACGACUUCAGCCAGACGACCAUCUCGCGCUUCGAGGCGCUCAACCUCAGCUUCAAGAACAUGUGCAAGCUCAAGCCGCUGCUGGAGAAAUGGCUCAACGACGCCGAGACCAUGUCGGUGGACUCCACCUUGCCCAGCCCCAACCAGCUGAGCAGCCCCAGCCUGGGCUUCGACGGGCUGCCGGGACGGCGUCGCAAGAAGCGGACCAGCAUCGAGACCAACGUCCGCUUCGCCCUGGAGAAGAGCUUUCUCGCGAACCAGAAGCCUACCUCAGAGGAGAUCCUGCUCAUCGCCGAGCAGCUCAACAUGGAGAAGGAGGUCAUCCGCGUCUGGUUCUGCAACCGGCGCCAGAAGGAGAAGCGCAUCAACCCCUGCAGCAGCAGCCCCAUGCUGCCCGCCCAGGGCAAGCCCCCCGGCUACAGCCCCCACAUGGUGGGUGACCAGCCCCGGCCCGGCGUGAGCCUCCCGCUCUCCCAGGCUUCCAGCAGUCUGAGCACAACAGUUACUACCUUGUCGGCGGCGGGCAGCUCGCGCCCCAGCCGCUGCGCGGGGGCCGGGGGGGUCCCCGCCUUGAACUCCGUCACGCCGCCCCCCAGCAACAGCACAAACCCCAGUCCGCAGAGCAGCGGCCACGCGGCCAUUGGCCUCUCGGGCCUGAACCCCGGCACGGGAAGCUCUGUGCUAGGGGUGAACGCGGGGUUAAACCCGGCGCUCAUGGCCACUAACCCGCUGGCCACCAUCCAAGCCUUGGCCAGUGGUGGAAACCUGCCGCUUUCCAGCCUUGACGCCGGCGGGCCGCUGGUGCUGGGGACGAGCGCGGGGACGGCGGGCAGCCCGAGCAUGGUGACGUCCCCGCUCUUCCUCAACCACGGCGCCCUGCCGCUGCUGGGGGCCGCCGCCGGCGGCGUGGGGCUCGUGCCGGCCGCCGUGGCCGCCGCCGCCGCGGCCGCCGCCGCCGCCGCCUCGCCGGGCCCGGCCUCCUCCCCGUCCUGCUCCUCCUGCAGCUCCGGCUUCGGCCCGCCGGUGUCGGCCGGCCCCCAGUGCCCAGCCACGUGCCGGUUCCAGGUUGCCCUUGUGGUUCUAGUUCUUGGUGUCUCCUCAGUUCUCCAGCUCUUGGUGUGUUUCCAGUUUAUGGUAGCUUUCUGGCUCACAGCGUGUCUCUCGUUCUCGGUGGCUCUCCGGUUCCUGGUGGCUCUCUGGUUCUUGGUGUGCCUCCUGUUCUCGGUGUGUCUCCAGUUCUUGGUGCCUCUCCAGCUGUUGGUAUGUUUCCAGUUCUCGGUGACUUUCCGGUUCUCGGUGGCUCUCUGGAUCUCGCCCCUCCCCUUCUGCUAG